GUGGGUUUUGCUGAAUGACAAGAUUUUUGCUUUCCUUAAAUUAUACACCAAGUCUUUGGCAGCAUAGAACUCACAUGUGAAAUAUUGUCAGUUCAAAAAGAUGACGUUAUUUUUUUUUAAGGUCACACUGAAAUUGCAGAGGUCCUUCUAAGUCAUGGCUGCGAAGCUCUCAUCCCGGACAACAACGGUGUCCGACCUCUUCACUACGCGGCACAGAAUAACUUUGCAAAGACUUUGGAAGCAAUGUUGCAGCAUGAAAACGUUAAUGACGAACCGGACAAUGAUGGUCGCACCGCACUUAUGUGGGCCGCUGCUAAAGGUGCCUACGAUGCGCUGAAUGUGUUCAUAUCACAAAAGCCAGAUGUUCUAGCGUGCGAUUGCUUUGGCGCUACAGCCCUUCACAUGGCAAGUGAGGGAGGACACAUCCAGUGCGUGUCUUUGCUGUUACAGCACCAAGCAGGCGUCAAUGCACUCGAUGAGCAGCAAUAUACACCAUUAUUUUGUGCCUGUCAAAUGGGACAUCGUGAAGUUGUCGAGACACUGCUUUUACAUGGUGCCGUUGUUGAUCUUGAAGAUAAGGAGGGUCGAACGCCAUUACACUGGGCGGCGGUUGGAGGUCGCACGGAAAUCUGUGCAAUGCUUAUCAGCCAUGGAAGUGAUGUUUCAAAACGAGAUAAGCUUGGGCGCCCAGCUUUACAUUAUGCUGCUUAUGGUGGGUUCUUCAGCUGCAUGUCCUUGUUAUUGGAAUAUGGUUCAGAUGUUGAUGUCCGUGACAAUACGGGUGUGACUGCGCUUCACUGGGCCUGUGCCUCAGGAUCUCUGGAUGCCGUGAAAUUGCUGUUUACAUACAAUGCAUUUCCAAAUUUUGUUGAAACUGAGGGAGACAAGCUUACCCCCUUGGAUUAUGCAAUAGUUCGAGAACACCAAGAUGUUGCUCAGUUCAUGAUUGAGCACGGUGCGUUCACCAUUGCUGGAAUACAAGACGAGGCCGCCACUGUAAUACAAGCCACUUGGCGAGGAUAUAGCUGGAGAAAAUCUUUUGAGGAGCGAAAGCAGUUUCUGAUUCUACACGAGAAACGACGUAGAGAAACAAAGAAAAAGUCGAAUACUGGAGAAAAUGAGCUUCCCCGGUUGACAUACGAGGGCAGUCAGUUUGAAAGUGAUGCAGGGCUUUCAAAAAGCUUCCCUAAAGAUACUUUUGGGGCUCCCGAAUUAAAUGAGAAGUUUAAUGGCAGCGCGUAUUUGGAGAAAGAAAGCGAUAUACGAAAACCUUAUAUACAAAACGACGAAUUUGAACAUAUGGACGCUUAUGAUAAUUACCUAGUACACAAUCCAUCUGGUGUAAGCUAUGAUGAACUCGUGAAAAAUGAGCUUUCCCAAGACCAUUACCAGAGACAAUCUGAUGUACGUUUUUUGGACAAAGAUAUAGAUGAAAAUGAGAAAGGAGGUUCUGCGAGAAUGGUUUCCAGCGAAAAGUGCGAUAAUAGUUUGGGUAAAAGUUUGGAGAGCGAUGAAGGAUUUUUACUUGAAAAUAAAUUUCAAAGUAAAAUCGGUCUAAAUGACUCGCGUUCAUAUCAAAAUGAUGUUGAACAGGAAAGAGGUAUGCAAAUUGGUCUAAGAAACGAAAAACAGUCUCUGAGUUCGUUACCAGAAAUAAAUUAUACUCAAAAAAAACUGCCUAAUCAAAAAAGAGAGGAAAUCCAUAAAGUUAAAAAUGUUUCAGAAAGAUUAAUACUAGAUGACGAAAUGAAAAAACCUGGUCCAGGUGAUCAAUUGUCAAAUCGAGUAGAAAAAGAAUAUGAGACAAAAGUUCUGGAUCGGCAAAUUUCGCUUGAUGUUGGAGAUCAGUCUGUGAUUCAAAGAACUGCAAGGCUUUACAAGGCACUGCCUACACCGAGUACUUCAUCAAGUACAUAUAGUUUUAGUUCAAAUGGCAAUUUAAAACCGUGGCAAAUAUAUAAACGAGAACGACAUCGAAAGCUUCUGAUAAGGCGGAAAAUAGAAUCUGCAGUUGUUAUUCAAAGA